AUGGCUGCGGACCAACUGAAUCAGCACGGAGAGCGGGAACUUAAAGAAGAGGCACCUCAUCCCGCUUCUUCCGCUGCUGCUGCUGCUGCUGCUGCUGCUGCUGCUGCUUCCAAGAGCUCUCGAUACGGUUUCUCCAAGUUCUUCGAAGGUAUAGGUCUUCCCAGUGGCAGUCUUCCCUCGCUCAAACAAGUCGCCUUUUGGUUUCAAGCCGCCACAAUGUCUCUUGUCAACGUUGACCUCAAUGCUUUGGCGACUGGCGGCGCGGGUUACCUCGCCUCUAUUAACGCCGCCAACUUGUCUGUCCCUGAAAUCUCGUUGCUUUCUUACCAGCCCGGUUUCGCGGAUGUCAUCGGUGCCAAUGCCACGGCCCGUAAGAUCGCCGACCUGCCCUGGCAGGCCUUCCACGAGGGCGGCAUCUACAACAAGAAGGACAACACAAUGUACAUCUCGUCCAAUUACCAGUCGCUCGCGGACAACAUCAACAUGACCAUUCUUUCUCUCGACGACCUCUCCAUCCGCAGCUCCCAGUUUCCAGACCUCGCCGAGGCCAACGGCGGGACAUCAUACUAUCCUCCCGGGGCCGAUCAGUCGGCGACGCCGCCGAUGCAGGUUUGGUGCGACGAGGGCGACUUUGAGGCGUACUCCAAGCUCAUCGCCGUGGACCCCAACACGAACAAGUCGGAGCCGCUGCUCAUCAGCUUCAACGGCCGCAACUUUUCAUCCGUGAACGACGUGCGUCAGCACCCCGAGACGGGCGACCUCUGGUUCACCGACGCCGAGUACGGCCUGUUCCAACACUUCCGCCCGGCGUCGCAGCUGCCCACGCAGGUGUACCGCUUCGAGCCCUCGACGGGCGUGGUCCAGGUCGUCGCCGACGGCUUCGACCAGCCCAACGGCAUCGAGUUCUCCCCGGACUACAAGACGCUCUACAUCUCCGACACCGGCGCGAUGACGUACGCGGCCAACCUCACCGGGCCCGCCACCAUCUACGCGUACGACAUCGUCGACAACAAGAGGCUGGCCAACAAGCGCGUCUUCGCCUUCGCCGACUCUGGCUUCCCCGACGGAGUCCACACCGACACGGACGGCAACGUCUGGGCUGGCUGCGGGGACGGCGUGCACAUCUGGAACCCCGAUGGUGUGCUCCUGGGCAAGAUCCACCUCGGGGAGACGUCCAACAACUUUGCGUUCGCGCCCGGCAAGGUUUUUGUCUUUUCAAACUAUCGCCUGUGGCUCGUCGAGGGCAUCAAGGCUCUCGGUCGGGAGGUUUGCAAGGACUUCGGGGCGGACAGCGACCCGAGAUGCCGCAAGUGA